AAAAGAGGAGGAGGAAGAUAGAAAGAAAAAGUUUAGACAGACUUGUCGAAAGAAAAGAAAGUGAUCUUUCAUUCGGACUGGUUAAAGUGUUUAGGUGUUGGAAACUGGUGGAAAAUGAAAGUUUUCAGUUAAUACACCGAGAGAAAAAAAAACCACAACAUCAUCUCCACCAUCACCACCACCACAUCCUCAUCAUCCUCAUCAUUUUCAUCACUCUCACCAUCCUCAUCCUCAUCUUUACUCUUGUAUCCAUUUAGUGUAUUUACCUUUUACUUAUUAAUCGUAUUAGUUAAUCUCAACUCGACAAGAUUAUCCGAUUUUAUAAAUAAUAAUAUUUCAUUUACUCCUAAAUGAACAAUCAGAUAUUCACCAUGAAACUUUCACCAUUAACAAAUUGUUCACAUCUAAUUGUUUUCCUAAUCAGUAUCAACUUAAUUGUAACAAAUUGUUCCGCUUAUUAUCAAUCACCUUCCAAUGUCCACUCGUCAAUUCAACCUGGACUCUGGCGAAGCAGUUUAUCCCAAAGUAGUUACUAUUACGCUGAUUAUAAGGUUCCAAUGGCUCCAGUUUCUCAGAAAAAAUAUCUCCCUGAUCACCCAGAAUGCCCUGAUUCUGGUGGAACCGUUUGCAAGGAUAUUCCCGAUUAUCCCAUUGAACAUAUUUACAGUGUAAUCAAAUCAGCUCGUGCAAAUGGAUUUAACUUCACGAGCCUAUUUGUGGACGAGUCUAAAGGUGACCUGGAGCCCAAUUUAACGGCACCCGUGACGGUAAUUGUGCCUCGGGAAAAGUCCCAUGUUAAAAGUUACAUUGUUUACCAAAGUUCAUUACAAUAUGAUUAUUUACCUCAUCAUCCAUAUCAGGAAACUCAUCAUCAUGGUUUCUCAUUACAAUCUCAUCAAACUUAUCAUCAACCCUUACAAGAUGAACUUAAUCAACAUCAACAAUUAACUGACAACAGUUUCAAUGAUAAUCAUCAUCAUCAUCAUGAUCACCAUUCAUCAGGCUGGGAUAAUUUUCCUCUUGAUUCAGUUCCACCACCUCCACCAAUACCUUCACCCUCUCACCUGGGAUCAUCAUCAUCAUCAUCUCCAUCCUCAUCCUCAUCUUCAUCUUCAUCUUCAUCAUCUCAAUUUCCUUUAUCACCACAAUCAUCCAAAAGAUUCCCUUCGAAUCCCUGGAAACCAAUCAUUCAAUUGGCUAAUGUUACCUCAAUUUAUCGUCGAAAGCGACGAUCAGCAACCUCGAAAAUGUCCAAAAGGGUCAAACGUCAAUCGAUCAAUUCCCUCGAAGGGGAAGAGGUUUGUCGUACUCGGACAAUGUACAUUACCCCUCGAGCCGCUCUAAGUGACCAAUCUGAAUGGAAAUUUGUUGUUAAUUUAGCGGAAAAAGACACAAACCUCAAGCAAGUGAUUAAAGUUGAUGUUUGCCAACAAGCUAAUUCACCUUGUUCAUCGUCGAUUUCCCUUCCCUUUGGAUUCAAAAGUCGAUGUAAACAAAAGUUCAUCAAGAAAAAACUUCUUUCCCUCGAUCCGGAUGGACAAAGUACUUCGAGUGAAAACUUUUUCGUGCCAUCAUGUUGUGUCUGUGAGAUUGUUAAUCAAUCAACAAGAUGAACUUUUCUAAUUACAAUUAACUUAAAUUCUCUCCUCUUUUUAAUUCACUAUUUUCACUUUUUUCUUGCUUUGUUUGUUUGUUUGUUUCUAUUUCCAUUCCACCACCGUGAUCAUCAUCAUCAUCUUCAUCAUUAUCAAGUGUCAUCUCCAUUCAUUGGAUUUAUAAUUUACCUUUCAUUCAUUAAUCUUACUAAUUGUUGAUUGUUUUCCAUCAGGCUGAUUGUGUGUGUUUAAAUUGUUCCCGAUUGUACAAAAUUUAGAUUAUAAAUAUUGGAAUCAAACAAUCAACCAUAUCAAAUGUCAGUAGUAGUUGUAUCAGGUAACAUUAAUCAAUUCAACUUUACUUUUAAUUAACCAUUAAGAUUGUUACGGUUACUUGAUAUCUAUUGAAAUUAGAACUUUUUUUUUCACUCAUUCGAAGAGAUAAAACAAAAAUUCGAGGCUCAGGAAGUACAGUUAAUAAUCAAGUCUCUCAUUGUGAACAAGACUCAAGACUUAAAUCUAUCAAUUAACUAAUCAUUUAGUAAAAAAAAGUACUUCAAUAAUUUCAAAAUAAUUCAUCUUUAAAUUGAACAUAAAGCAAAAGUUUCGAAAAGAAAAAGAAAAGUUCUAAAAAUAUUUCCAUUCGAUAUUCGAUAUGUUCAGAUUUUCAUGCGAACAAUUUAUUCAACUUUAAUUAGCCCAAAACUAGAAAACAUAAAUUAAUAUCAGUUUCAAGUCUAAUUUCAAAGUGUCAACAAUUAGUUAAUCAAUCAACAAUAAUUUGAUUAGAAAAAAAAAUCAUUCAAUCAUUUGAAAUGAAAUUUUUCUUAAACUUAUCUUUUCCUUAAUGAAAAACUAUUUAAUUAAAGAUCAUCAUUUUCAUGUAUUAAAUCAAUUACCUCUUAUAUAAUAAUCAAUAAAAACUAAUUAGCAUUGAAAAGUUAAAUUGUUUCAACUUAAUUUCAAUCUCAAUGACAAUUAAUUAAUCAACAUCAGUUGGUAGCGCCAUCUAUUGACUGAGAAAACAACUAAAACAAAUUAAAUUUUUCCAACAAUUAAAACUAAUCAAACAUUUGAUUUAAUUAAGAGAAAUUUUUUUUUCUAACAAUUUAAAAAGGAUAACAAGUGUUGAAAGAAUAAUUUUAAUGAAUAAAAUGUUAAUGAAUGUUAAGAAUUGUGGUGAUAAUGAACUGAAUUGGAAUAUGAAAAAAAAAGGUAAACUCUUAAUGGGAAAAAAAGGUAACAAGGAAUAAAAAUUAUUCUCAUGGUGGAAAUUAAUGGAAAGAAGGUGUAAUAGCCUUGGAAGAUAAAGAAGAUAAGAGGAUCAUGAUGAUGAUGAAGAUGAGGAUGAGGAUGGGGAUGAGGAAGAUGAUGUUCUAAGGAGAUGAGAUUGCGCUCACAUUAUUAUCUCUCAUUGAUUGUUAACAGUUUAGUUGAUUCAGUUUUCCAUUUUCAUCAACAUCAGAAUCACAACUUAUCUGAAAAUAUAAAGAAAAAUAAAAGUUUCCUCUUAAUUGUUUCAUCGAGUGAUUUUAAUUACCACCGACAGAUUAAUAAGUUUUAAUUGUGUUCCAUUUUGUUGUUGAUUAAUUGAUUCGAUCAACGUUCUAACUGAACAUUAAAUUGUAACAUUUUCGACUCAACUUUUUUUUUUCUUGUGAUUUUCACAAUUAAAACAAUUUCUUAACCAAUAUCAUGUUUAACCAUUGAAAUUAAGCCUUCUAAUUAUGAUUGUUAAUUCAAUUGUAAGGUUAAUUGUUUCACUUUCAACGUUAUUACUUUCCAAUGUUCAUUUAUCAACAACAAUUGGACCUAAAAUCCCAAUCGGGGGAAUUUUCACUCCAGAAUCAAAUGAACUUCAGAGUGCAUUCAAAUACGCGAUAUUUUUGCAUAACAAGAAUGAAUCAUCUCGAUUUCAAAUCGAACCGAUAACCGAUGUGAUCGAUACCAAUGAUCCAUUUAGAUUUACCCGUCAAAUGUGCCUACAAUUGUCUCGAGGUAUUUUCACCCUUGUCACACCCAUAAUUGGACCAUCAUAUGAAACACUCGUCUCAUAUUCAAAUACCUUCCAGAUGCCUUUUAUUCAUCCCGGUUACCCGGAAACAAACAGUUACAAUUAUCCCAAUUUCGGACUCAACAUCCGACCGGAUUACAUCAAGGCCAUUGCCGAAGUGGUUAAACUGUACACAUGGAAAAAUAUAAUCUACAUUUACGAUUCGGACGAAGGUAAGAAAAUCGAAAAG